CUUUGUAAACUGCACGGAAAUAGACGCAUUUUAGCAAACGAAAGCAAAUAGUACUUGCUGUAGAGUAGAUGCAAAUAGUUAAAGUUUCGUGUGGGUAUGUUCCUUCCCCUGCCAUAGUGUACCGUGAGCUUCGUCUACGGCCAACUUUAAUGGGAUCAUCGGAAUCACGGUGUGUCGCGAUCGGCGAUGGACCAUGAGCCAAACUUGCGCUCGGAACACUCGGAAGUGCGAGCGUUUGUGCUGUUUCGUAACACGACCGUCCGUGUGGUGGACGUGUACUGGGUAAACUAUUCCUCCAAACUUAUCCACUACACGACGCUCCAACCGAGGGCAGAAUGUACGGUAAACACGUACGUAACGCAUCCGUGGGUGUUUAAGGACAAACAGUCCGACGAGCGGAUGUGCGUGGGACAUCAGCCGGUCUACAUGCCGGAACCGUGGUACAUCAGCUCGUACAGUGCCGGCAGACUGAUCAGAAAGGAAGUUAACAUCCACUUUCCGGUUCGCACGCUGAAAGAGAAUUGCCUGUGGCGGAUCGUUUCACUACUGGCGGAUGCAGAGGGAAGCGCACUGUGGGAACUGGAGAUACCUCGCAUGCUAAUACAGGAGCUAGCAGUUAGGAAAAGGAAUAAAGCAAGGAAAACAUGACCUCGUUAAGUAAAAGCCCUCCCGGUUUGGAUGAGAUACGAAAGAAACAAACACCCAAAAUCACUUCGAAUCGUUCC